AUGCCCAACAUCGGGAAACCUAGUCCCAACUGCCACCUCUGUCGCCAGAGGAGGGUCAAGUGCGAUCUAGCCAGGCCUCAAUGUCAGAGGUGCGUCAAGUAUGGGGUCCAGUGUCCCGGGUACCGCGACGACGACGAGCUGCGCUUCCGGCACACCGAUUCCGCGACGUUCGGGGACCGGAGACGGAGGAAGCAGCAACAGACCCACCCGGUGUCUUCGCCGCCGGCUUUGGAGGCGGUUGCCUUUGCGUCCGGUUCGCCGGCGUCGCCCGCGUCGUCCCAGCAAUCAGACGCCUCGAGAUACCAGUCUGCCGGUACGCCUCCCCUGCCUCUUCUGCGAUCCGUCCAUCAACACUGGACGGCUGAGGCUAUACCGCUCGUAAUCAGCUUCUAUCCAAGUUUGGACUUCCUCCCGGGAAUGUUCAGCCGUGUUCAGCCCGACCACUGUCUCGCUCUUGCUGGCCAAGUCUUCGCCAGGGCAUACAUGAUCAACCGCUUCAAAUCGAAAACGGACUACCGCGAGCUUUCCAAACUUCUGGGUAGCGCCUUGGCAUCGGUGCAGGAGGCCAUCAUGAGUACCAAGGCGCACAAAUCCGAUUCCACAAUCACGGCAGUCUGGAUGCUCGGGAACUACGAGGCAAGGUUCGCUCCCGAAUCUCCCUGGCAUAUCCACGGCCAAGGAAUAUUGAGCCUCCUUCGCGCAAGAGGCGACCGCCAGCUGUACACACCAAGGGGUCGGCAAAUUUUCUGGCUCAUGCACAACAUGCUUCAAAUACAGUACACCCUCACAAACACGCCUUGCCCCCCGGAAUUCGACCACUGGCUCAACAUCCUAGAACAGACUAUGCAUCCCCUUGAGGCUUUUUUGCUGCGAAUCGGGCGGUCCAUCUCCUCGACGUGUUCUCUGUUAUCCAGACUGAUACCCCUCGUCCGCAGCGGGGACACGCAGCGGGCCGUCGCUGCGUAUGAGCCGCUCCUGUCCGAGUUCAACCACGCAGAGCUCACCAUGUCGGAAUGGAUGCAAGCGGCGCUUCAACAUCCAUACUUCUGGAACUCAUGGCGCAGCGCGCAAAUCAAGGUCCAUCACAUGAUGAUCCUCCUGGCCAAUCUCGUCGAACACGCGCCCGACUGCCCUUUCAGCCACGAAGCACUGCAGUCGCGUAGAGAACUUUGCCUGCAAGUUAUUGCGGCGUCGAGCCGGGACAUCUUCAACACCAUUCCGACGUCUCUGGACUGCAAGGCGCCUAGGGCGGACUCGACCUCGCUGGCUGCCUAUCAUGAUGCCGUCCGGCUGAUAUGGCCGCUUACCCAUGUGUACAUCUUCCCGACGACGCCGACCCAUUUGCGGGUGGCGGCGAGGGAGGUGCUGCUGCGAAUAGGGACGGAGCAGGGGAUAAUGGCGGCUCUCGAGCCGCGGCCGGGAUUGGCUAAAUUUUUUCCCUCGGAGGCGUUGAAGGGCAUUCCGGUUGAUGACAUGGAUAACAGCGAAGGUUACUUGCCAUGUAUCGUGACUAAAGCCGGGCCGAACGGUCGCAUGCCAUGA